AUGAAGAAAAAGACACCUACCAAGAUAGAAAGCAUUGAUUUCGGCACUUUCAUACUUUGGAGAACUUACCUAAUCGAUCAAGAGCUGUUUUUUGGCUCUGUUGCGGAUCGUCCAACCGAGGAGCUAUUGACUCUAUGCCUCUCGACCGUUUCAGAACAACCCUUAAUCAUCCAAUUUGAUGCAGAAGAUAUCAAUGAACAGGCUUUCGAACAAGGCAUAGUGGUUGAGUCCGCCAACGGUAUAUCUGAAAAUGUGUUCGAUCUCGUGAGAAACCCAUCUGCUCACCUACAAAUUUCAUUAGAGAAUAGGAGCAUAAUCACUUUGAAAAGUGCCUUUGAUGGUAAUGUAGAACUCAAACUGAGUUUUCCAAUUAGACGUGUCGAUCAAUCGCAGGCCCUAUUGAUUUCUCGUUGUAUUUCAGAAUAUUUAUUUAACGGUUUGAGUCUUCAAGGGGGCCUCGUUGGUGAGCUACGAAAGAUCAUUCUGCAAAGGGACAUGGCAACAAACUUUCUAGCAAGUAGCAUUCGCGAUUUAGGUUUUGAAAGCGUACUUCGAAAGUGGGCACCUGUUGGCUCAUUCAACAACGAUACUUUGCAAGAAUUCAGAUUCGACAGCUGGUUGAAAAAGUGGAGUUCGAAACCGAGCGAUCUGCCCAAACAUACUUCGCACGAUGAAGAGGUGGACAAAAUGAUGAAUAUGAUCUUCGAAAAGGCAAAGGUAGAUAUUCAGUCCAAGACGAACACGGCCUAUGCAUCUUCCUCUAUAAACGACGAUUUUGGGCCUCUGGAAACAGGAGGCGAACAAAGCGAAUCCUUCAUUUCUAACGACGGAAAUGUCAGCAUGCAGAGAGAGCUAAUUGAAGAACAGCCAAAUCGUCCCAAUACCUAUUUGGAGCCUCAACUUGAAAAUGAAAAACGCAAAAGGACAGAUGAUUCAACAGAACCAUUUAGUAAGUUGGAGGCAAAAUCUUCAGAAACUCCAGCGACACAACUCGAGGAUGCAUCUAGUCGCGCCGCUGAUGGUUCCCCAAGCAAGAAAAAGCGGAAAUUCGGUAAAGUACGAGUUAGUUAG